AAGCCAGAUCAAUCGUGGAAUCUUCAGCAAUAUAACAAUACAAUGGGUUUACAUACUACCUCCUCAAAAGACAGAAACAUAAUGUUGCAGAAGUCUGAUCAUUUGUGGAAUCUUCAGCAAGAUGCUAGUGGAUCAAAAUGCAUUCUAUUUGAUAUGCAUAUGGUUUUAGCUACUAAGAGAAUAUUUCAAGCUGAAAACUGA